AUGGUCUUCACUGCCUCCGGAAGCGAGGCCAUCACGCCACAGGUAGAGGUCUUCACAGCCUCCCGGAAGGGCAAGUUCAGGGAAAUCGGUUAACAUCCAAAUGGGGUCUGCCAAUCACACUACAAUGAAACAGAAGUGUACAUUGGGAUGUGUUUAAAUAAAGGACCUUGCUGCCUGUCCAUGGGGCAUCAACCCAGAGGUGAGAAUGCUACAACUAAGAGCUGA